UUUACGGCAAGCGUAUUUCAGGGGUUAGCGGCAAAUUUUGUGGUUUGAGUGUUACUGUCCCUACCUGACUGCAUGGCUUUUCCUUAAAGGAGUUUUCCUCCGUCUAAAACUGAAAUUUCCUCAUUGUAGUCUUAACAAAAAGUUUGUGGUGAUGUUUCCAUUAGGAAGCGUUGCCGACUAUAAAUAUGUAGUUUAGAUUUAGACCUACUUGUACAUACAAGGUUUCAGACUUUGACCAUGGUACAAAAACCCAGUCGAGCCUACUUUUUGAGCUGUCAUGAAAUGAAAUCCCGAAAAAGUAAGCUUAAAAUAACAGCUUUGUAUUGGAAGCAGUUCAACGAAAACAUUUUAAUUUAUAAAAAUUAAUCUUUAGAUAGAUGUCAUUAUAGUUUGUCUAAUUUAUUUAGAUCCAGAAUGCUUUAUAGCAAUAAUUUUAAUGUCUUUAUGAAAACUUAUGUUGUUUUCAUUACUAUUGUAUUUGUCUCUAUUCAUUGAUUACAUUUCUUUCUUUUUUAAUCUAUUAUAAACCAUGUUUCAUGUGACAUUGCAUAAUUAUUAUAAAAAAAAGACCAAGCCUGGAAUUCAAACAAGCUUUAAUUUUACCGUCAGCUGAAACCAGGAGACAAAAAUCUUACAGUUUGAUUUUAUAUUUCUAUUAAGUAAUAAUCAACUCUGACAAAGUAUGACUAUAACAUAAUGGAGAUUGCAGUAUGGUUAGGUCUCGGGUGCAGCUGUUUUGCCGGUCCCAUCAGUUCCCACACCAAACCCCCAAACCUCAGACCUGACGGUCCCACCUCGUAUAAGCAGCCCCACGCCCCGCCCCCGUAAAUAUUGCCGUUACUGAAGCAGCAGAGGGCGGGCUUGCAGCCAUAAAACAAAAAUCGUUUCUGAAGCAGAAGAGGGCGAGCUUUCUCUUUGUCUACGGCUGUUGAUUUAAUUUUUUAAAUAAAAGUAAACAGUGUUUUAGGUCUUCCUUACAUAGAUUCUCCCCCAUGUUACUUGACAAAUUAGUUGUUGGUAUUUUUAUGGUAGUCAAUGUUAUUUUAUGACGUACGUUAUUGUCUGCAUGGUUGUUUCUCGCUCGUGUUUGGUUGUUGAUUGGUCCUAACGGUAAUAAAACAGUCGUCGUAUAAAUAAUUUUCCCGCGAAACAUAAACACAACUCACCCGCUGUAUUUCAGUAAACUCUACUCGUCGAUGUUAGAACUGCCGAAAUUUACAGAAAUGGGUUUUCAGCAGAAGCGUUAUAACCUGAUUGUUGCUGCUUGUAAAUGCAACGAUUCUUUGGGAAUAGGAAUCAAUGGCACAAUCCCGUGGAGAUUGAGGACAGAUAUGAAGUUCUUCAGUGGCCAGACGUCAACAACUACAAAGGAAAACGGGAAGAAUGCUGUUAUCAUGGGACGCAAAACUUGGUUGUCAAUCCCUGAAAAAUUCCGUCCUCUCCCAAACAGAGUGAAUGUUGUGCUCAGUAAAACAUUAAGCAAGUGCCCUGAAGGAGUGGACCAUUUGUGUGACAGUCUGGACAAUGCAAUGACCGUCCUAUCUGAAGCACCCAUUGUAGACGCCAUAGAUGCUGUGUGGAUAAUCGGAGGCAGUUCUGCAUACAAGGAGGCAAUGAAGUCAUCCCUGUGUCACAAGAUUUAUCUGACAAGAAUCCAUUCUUCAUUUGACUGCGAUACAUUCAUCCCGGAGAUCGACCUUUCAAGGUUUCAAUUGGUCAGUGAUCCUUCAGUCAACGGUGAAAGACAAAAAGAAAAUGACAUAGAGUUUACAUUUGAGAUUUACCAGAACAUCAAUCAUUAGAGUGACGCUUUGAAAAGCAACUGAAAUAAUUUCAAGACUAAUGUGCAUACAUGAUUUAACUUGUAGAAGAUUUCAUUGAAAUAAUGCAUAGUUUGCGAAACUAUUAACUGAAGACAUGGCAUCAGCAACCUGCUCUCUCCUUGUCUGCCAAUUCAAGUGGAAAAUUAGUGAGAACAAUUUCACCAACAGAGGGCAGUAUGUAUCGUGGUGUCUUGUGGCUGAGUGUUCAUAUGACCCAAGCUCUGGGGUUGUCAGCAGCAGAGAGUGGGUUCGAAUCCCGGUCGUGGCACUUGAGUAAGGCAUUUUAACUAUGUUUGCUUUGUAUAAAGCUGUGGGUAGUACAUUCUGCUCUACCAGACAGACUCCUAGUGGAUGAUACCCAUCAUGUAUGCCUAGGACUCAAAAGGAGGGAGCCUUGUUUCAACCCUAGGAGUAGGUGGGAACUGGUUACCAAUUUGGUAACACAUGGUUGAUCGGAGUAGAUAGCCCAAACCAGUUAUAGCCCUCACCUUAAAGUGGCCCUCUGGCCUUUUGCGAUAAAUCAUUAAAAAAGUCUUUAAGUUUUUGUACUUAAGAUUUAAAACAUUAAAUGAACUAUGCAAUGUAUAUUAAAACCUACCAA